AUGUUAGAAGGUGAAUUAAAUGUUGGUUUUAUCACUACAUCUGACAAACUCAUCUCUAAGUCCAUCAAAAAGGGUGAAGUAUUUGUUUUUCCAAAAGGUUUGGUGCAUUAUCAGAAGAGCAGUGGAGAUAUAGCUUCUUCUGUGAUUUCUGCUUUUAACAGUCAACUUCCUGGUGCUUUUUCAACUGCUUCAGCUCUGUUUGGAUCAACAACAGUUGUUCCUGAUGAUGUUCUUGCUCAGGCCUUUCAGAUUGAUACUAAACAGGUUGAUGAAAUUAAGACCAAACUUGCUCCUAAGAAGACUUAA